UAUAGUUUUAUGCCUGUCGUUAAUUUACUCGAGGCUUGUACAUAAAAAUAAUAAAAUUGAUUUUUAUCACAAUAAUAAAUAGAAUAAACCCGUAAUGUUUAUUAUAUACUGUUCGAUUAUAAUCUUAGUUCUUAUAAAUUCUUCUAAAAGCAUCAAACUCGACAUGGAAGCUACCAUCAGCUUAGGUAAAGAAGUCAUGGAGUCACUAUCUGGUUUUUUGGGUGAAGGUUUAAAUAACAGGCGAUCUAUGGCACCGGUUGUGGAUGAAGAUAACAUCACAACUCUUGUUAGAACGGCAGCUCUUUGCAAGGAUCUACAAUUCUGCGUUCCAAUGUGGAAGUUCACCGAGGGAUAUGUAAUAGUACUGGCCAACUCUAUACAAACUAUCCUCAGCGGAAUACUAGAAGAUAGUUUUAAGACGUUUAUAUUUGAAGGUCAAUUGAAGCUCUAUUUGGAAAUAGUGAGACACAUUCUCGAGAAUACGAAUGAAAAGAUAAGUGAGGGUAAUGAGAUUUAUUACUGGAUAGAUGCGAUGAAAAAUAUCUGUUCGAAGUUCCAAGAAAUGUCGUCGAUAUUUAUAACAGAGGAAUUUCAGAUCGACCCGAACAAAAUAAACGAAGUUAAAAAAGAACUGAAUCAAAAAUUAACUAUUACGACAGUCUUGGUAGAAUUGAAGUAUCAAACCGAAUUGUGUGUUGAACACAAUAUUUGUCUCAAAUCGUUUGAAAUAACAAAAGCCUUGAAUACGCUUCUUCAACGAUUUAAAACAUUAUCUGAUGAAAAAGUUAGACAGUUCAUUAAGUAUUUAUAUGAAGCACUCUUUGAUACAGCGUUUUAUUCAUAUAUAAACGAAGCAACUGCACACGAGCUUCAAGUCAUUUUAAACGAUAUGGCUUAUUCAAAAGAAGUAUCAACAAAAGAUUUAUUAUUAAUAAUUCAAGAGAUAGUUCAAACAAGAUUGAACACAAUAACAACGACCAGAGAUGAAAAAUUGUUUCACGACGCUCUCCUAAUUCAUGGUAUUUUAUCAGAUAUGGAUCAUAUAUACAGUGUACAUAAAUCGAAACCAUUUGCUGAAUUUUUCGAGAAUUUUAUAAAUUGGACUGAUUCGUUAGAUUUCCAAUUCGAUAAAGAUAUACGCUUGGUUUUGCGAGAUAUCGGAGAGAAAUUGUGGGCAGUCCCUGAUAAUUUGUUGGUGAAACUGACGAAUGAAGUUAAAGUAUUUCUGGAGUUAACUGUGGAUCCUAUUCCGAAAAAUUCAUAAAGGCGGAUUGACAACAGAAUGACGACAAUGCAAAUUUGAACAGAAGUUCCCUCUACUCCGGAAAAAAUGGACACUAUGAUUCUGAAAUUGAUGUAUUUUCACACCGCUAUCUAUGGGUUGACUUACUGCAACAUAAAAUGCUAUAACAACAAAAAUACGUACGGUUUUAUAGCUUUUGAUAGACUCAAUCGAUUUUGAUGAAAUAAAGACUUAACGGAAUCUUGAAAUGCAUCUUAUAAAAAUUCAGUUAUUUUAAUUUGUAAUUUUUAGCCGUUUCGAAGGUUAGUUCGAACAAACAAACAAACAGACGGACUGAAAUUUAAAAAAUGACUGUUUUGAUUUCGAAAUCUCGCAAAUAGCCAUAUAAAACUUUAAAAGAGGCAGUUAUUUUGAAAUCACAGACAGACACUUUAAUUUUAUUUAUUUGUAUAGAUAUUGGGACUGUCAUACCAAAUAUGAUUGUGUUAAUUUUUUUUUUUUAAUUUACGAACCUUUUCCACAACUGGCAACAUUAAAUUAACUAAUUUUAAGUUUAGACAGUUGUAGAAUCGUUUCGUUUUACUUAAUUUUUUAACUAUCAGAGUCCUAUAAUUAUUUUACA